AUGGAGGUUGUCCAAAAGUGCUGGAGUCACAUCAUUCUGUCGAGCUGGAAUUACGUAAGCAUGGAGUUCAGGACAACAUUCGUAAACAGUAAUCAAUUCGGAGCAUUGCCAGUGGGAGGUUCCGCUGUUGCUCGUUGCAGCACGGCUGCCUUCUGCUCCAAAUCCUAUCCAGAUAUCAUGCAGGCUGAGCUUCAAGCUACUCAGAGCAACCGCAGUGUCGGUCAGCCAUCAGUGCAUCGAAAGCCUGGGAACCAUGUUGGUCGUCUUCAUCGGAUAGCCAGUAUUCCCGCGGAGAAAGGUCAAGGUCCCUUCACCAGCACGGAACAACAACGGCAACGACGGGACAAGGCUGACAGAAAGAGACGAUCAUCUAUGGUGACCGUUCGCGGGCGAUGCCAAUGCGGAAAUAUCUGUCCUGGCUUCGCAGUCAGUUUCAAAUGCCCUGGCGGUGCUAUUAACGUCGGCCCAGCGCUGCGCAGCUCGAACGCAGAUAACCGCAGACUCGCAAUUAUGGAAUUGAACUCUGCACCGCCUUCUGAACACACUUCAUCGCUGGACAAUAUCAUGUCGGGUCAGAAUCAGAUACGGUCACUCAACAGAAACAACUCAUUAUCUUCAAGGCGAGGUAUUCGCAGAAACAGACGCUCAAGCAAUCCACGUGUUGUGAAUCCAGCGCUCGUGGCACCGCCAGAUGUAGCACCUUCAUCCUAUACGAAUUUGACCCCAUAUCCGGCCCAUCGAAGUGGCACUCAUGAUGAUAUUCCCACUCGCCCUAUCUCGCCCAUCGACGCGCAAGAAGCCAUGAGCCAAUAUCUUUUCUCCACUCCUGAACUUCAGCCUGCUUAUGAAGGCAGAGGAGAUGCGGAGCAGAAGCCGCAAUUUGCGCUUGAAGCGAGCGACCGCGCACCGCGGACCUUCCGCACCCUCAACUCUCGAGUCCCCAUCAUUACAAUCAGGGUUGGAGUGGGUCACAACUUCACCUUCCACCGACACAGUAGUCCAAAGCAAGGACGCAGACACGGAAAUCGCCAGCCCGGUGAUCCAUACCUUGCAGAUGGCUUGGCCAGCAACCAACCUUCAACCGCAGCCUUUCCAGAUAACUUAUGGCGGGCACCUCCAGUUAGUGCAACAACACACACCCAAGUGUCACGGGCGUCUCCUAUCCCUACGUUCUCUCCGGACAUGCCGUACAUGUUUUUCGAUUCAGCUCUUCACGGUGCUGCUGGACCACCACCUUCCCUUCCAAAAGCUCUUCAGCCACCCCGCCGGUCCCCUGCUCCAGGAUCAUUGCUGUCCUCUGCGCCAGCGCCCGCCACUUCCACAUCAGUGCAAGCAGCAGGUGUCCCAAUAAUGUCAUCGCCGGCGGCGAACACACCAGUGUCGAUAUCAUCCGCUUCGACGUCCCCUGAGACCAUGAUGUUGACAGUCCCCCUGGUCCCUUCAUCGCCUGCCCAAAUAACUGGACCACCGGCACACUACCAACAAGAAACUCGACCAUUUUCUACUCCCCUGACUACCACAAUGAAUCAUCCUAUUACACCAAUCUCUCCACCUCCCCGUCCUCCCCGUAUGUCCUCCCCUCCUAGGAAAAACAACUAUCCCGAUCUUGCCCAAAAUUACCCAUCAAUCCAUGGUGUCCAACUGUCUCCGGCGGCGCCUAGUGAGAUGCAGUCUAUCGUGUCUGAGGCUAUCCCCCAGUCUCCCAUAGAGCUCGAGUCUCCACAAGCCACUCAAAUCCAAGUUCGCCACACAAGACAGCGUACCUCAUACGAUAGCGGCAAAUCUAGUGUGAGAUCUCGACCUCUUCCUACGCCACCUACGGUCAAUCGAUCUUUAUCACAAGGUUCUGUGGUAACUUCGUCAUCCGUUCGUUCCCAGACAACACGGCUCAGCGGUAUGAGCGAUUCUAUUUACAGCAAUAGUUCGCAUCCAACGCGGCGAGUAUCGGAUAGUGCAUACGAUGAUGAUUUCGUGAGCCAACAGAUUGAAGGUCCAAAAACUCCUCCGGGCGAUGAUCCCAUUAUGUUUUCAUCUCCGGAGAAGAUUUCCUCGUUAUCGUCCUCACCACCCUCACAUAACCACUUCCGUGAACCUUCCAGCGUCAUAUCCUCUAAUCCUCCUUCCCCUCCACCAAAAGAAUUACCCGCCAUACCUAUCGCUCCGCUCUCUCCAACCCGGGGAGAUACCAUUGAUGACCUGGUUGCUGUGGUGGAUGAUGCCAUGGAUGACAUGGGAUUAAACAGUGUGGCGCCCUCAUAUGCUGCGCAAGCCUCUUGGUACGAAAACGAUAACCCUCCCGAUUCCAGCGAACCCACUGUUGAACUUCGUCAAUA